ACAAGGUGGCCGGUCCGGUGUAUACGUCACGUGUUAUUAAUUUGUCGAGUGUGUUUGUGCAUGUAAAUGCACGUUUGCGGAAGAUAUUUUUGACUAAACUACUUAAACAAUGUCAAGUCCUUCGAGACCGAGAACUCCUCGUUCCCAGGAUGAAAACCGUCAAAACGGCACGCCGAGGCGACAACCUCGGACUCCGACCUCCAAAACUCCAUCGGUCGCUGGAACACCCAGUACCAGAGGCUCUGCAUCCAUCAGACAAGGUACCCCUCAAAGAAGACCAGGCAACAAUCCGGUAGACACUCCGUUACGAUGGGCCAGUCGUCGCGCGCAAGAAACCAUUGCACCAUCGUCAGAGGAUCGUUCAUCAGUACCACUGUCAUCUCCAAUUCCAUUGCAACAGACAAGUCCUCUUGCAGCAGGCAUGAGCGAGAUAGAGCUGUCCUCUCCAUUGAAUUAUGGAACACCCAGCUCUCUGAUAUCAGUACGCACUCCCCGAAGUGGUAUCAGAGGCACACCCAUUCGACAGAGACCAGAUGUUCAGAGUGACAGACGUAUGCAACAAGUUAACUUGGCCGAACCUAUACCAGAGGAACCUAACGCACAAAGAACAUCAGAGAGCGAAAAUAGUUCGCAGUUAGUGAUCUGGGGUACAAAUGUUGUAGUGGAACACUGCAAGGAGCAAUUUAAACGAUUCAUCUUGCGAUUUAUAGAUCCAGAGGCAGAGAAUGACGAACUGCCCGAGAACAUGAAUCUCUCAGAUCCACUUUACUUGCAAAAGCUCGAAGAAAUACACACAUUGGAGGAACCUUACUUGAAUGUAAAUUGCGCUCAUCUUCAGGCGUUUACCGAGCAACUCUACAACCAAUUGGUGUCCUAUCCUCAAGAAGUAAUUCCAAUUCUUGACAUGACCGCGAACGAGAUGUUCUUUGAGAGAUAUCCCGCGGCUGUAUUGGAGCAUCAGAUUCAAGUACGACCUUACAAUGUUACGAAGACCAAAAGUAUGCGUCUUCUGAAUCCAGAAGACAUAGAUCAGCUGAUCACCAUUACCGGAAUGGUCAUCAGAACAACAAACAUCAUCCCGGAGAUGCGCGAGGCGUUCUUCAAGUGCAUUGUGUGUUCGUUCACAACAAGCGUGGAGGUUGAUCGAGGUUAUAUAGCCGAGCCUACAACGUGCACACAUUGCAAUCAUAAUUUCUGCUUCACUAUGAUACACAAUCGCAGUCACUUCUCCGACAAGCAGAUGAUCAAGCUGCAAGAAUUGCCGGACGAUAUGCCGGCUGGACAGACACCUCAUACCGUGGUGCUUUUCGCACAUAACAAUCUGGUUGACGCAGUUUUGCCAGGUGACAGGGUCUCCGUCACCGGUAUUUAUCGCGCGUUGCCGUUGCGCGUUAAUCCGCGGCAGUCCAACAUACGGGCAAUCUACAAGACCCACAUCGACGUUGUACACUUCAGAAAACAGGAUUCAAAGCGACUGUACGAACAAGAAGAAGGCAAGGAUCAUGCGUUCCCGCUUGAGAGAAUAGAGUUGUUGAAACUGCUGUCCCAGAAAGAGGACGUGUACGAACGUUUGGCACGACACAUCGCUCCUAGCAUAUACGAGAAUGAAGAUGUGAAGAAGGGAAUAUUGCUGCAGUUAUUCGGCGGUACAAAAAAGGAACAGAACAAAUCGAAUCAGAAGAAUUUUCGGUCCGAUAUUCAUAUACUCCUGUGCGGAGAUCCAGGCACGAGCAAGUCGCAACUAUUGCAAUUUGUCUAUAAUUUGUUACCGCGCUCGCAGUACACCAGCGGAAAAGGUUCCAGCGCUGUCGGUUUGACCGCUUUUGUGACAAAAGAUCCCGAAACACGUCAACUGGUAUUGCAAACCGGUGCCUUGGUUCUCGCGGACAACGGUAUCUGUUGCAUCGACGAAUUCGACAAAAUGAACGACAGCACACGUUCGGUGCUGCACGAAGUUAUGGAACAGCAAACGCUGAGCAUCGCGAAAGCCGGUAUUAUUUGUCAACUGAACGCGAGAACCAGUAUUUUGGCCGCAGCCAAUCCUUCCGAGUCGCAGUGGAAUAAAAAUAAAACAGUGAUAGAAAACGUCAUGUUGCCGCACACGUUAAUGUCGCGUUUCGACUUGAUCUUCCUGAUGCUGGAUCCUCAGGACGAAACAUACGACAGGAAACUCGCCAAGCAUCUAGUGUCACUUUAUUACAAAUCCGAUCUGGAGGAAGAGGAUGAUCUUGUGGACAUGAGCAUUCUGCGUGAUUACAUAGCUUAUGCCAAGGAACACAUUCGUCCUGUUAUCAACGAGGAGAGUCAACAGAGACUAAUUCAAGCUUACGUGGAUAUGCGCAGAGUGGGAAGCGGUCACGGUCAAAUUACAGCUUAUCCGAGACAGCUGGAAUCGCUAAUAAGACUGUCCGAGGCACACGCUAAGAUGCGUUUCAGCAAUACGGUUGAGAUCAUGGAUGUCGAAGAGGCUUGCAGAUUACACCGGGAGGCGCUGAAACAAUCUGCCAUUGACCCGUUGAGCGGCAAGAUCGACAUCAGCAUUUUGACAACCGGCAUGUCAUUGGCCGCUAGAAGACGCAGACAGGAACUAGUUGAGGGAUUGAAGAAACUCAUUAAAAACAAGGAAAAGACAACGGCAUUGAAUUAUCAGAAGAUAUUCACCGAAUUGAAGGAAGCGUCCAACACGUUGGUGACUCGCGAGAUGUUUGAAGACGCUCUGAAAGAACUUCAGGAUAACGGUGUCGUGGUCGUGACUGGGAGAAAUACCAUUCGCGUUUGUUAAUACGUUGCAAUUGUUGAAACGAAAUUCUCGUCGUUGAGUCUUCUGAGACAGUGACAAUUAAUACUGUGUACUCGUAGAGUAAGAGACUUUUUUACGUAGUUAUUCACAUGUAUAUUUUAAUACUGGUAUAUUUUGUACUCUGCUCUCUUAUUAUUUUUCACGAAAUUAUUCUUUAAAUAAUAUAUAUUUAUGAAAAAAAAGGAGAGAAAGAGAGAGACUUUGCAUUGAUAUCGUUGUUUGUUUAUACAUAAUUGAGCUACAAUUUGUCGGAACACGAUUAACUGCCGUGAGUGAUCUAAAAUUUCUCGUAGGUGGAUUUUGUAUAUACACUUGUCGCCCACGCUUCGUGCGCGGGCGUCACGCGAUGUUACGUCUCUUGCUCUUGCGGCGACCUUGGAAACUCCCACGCCGUUUUAUUGCGCCGAGUAAUUUC